CCCGCCCCGCGCCGCCCGUUCGCCGCGGUCGGCCGCCCGUAUAUAAGGCGCCGUGCCCUUGGCCGGUGCCGUCAUUCCGACACACACGCCGCCGACCGUCGCACGAGCGUUUCUCCGAUACCCGCCGCCGCCCGAUACAUUAUUCGAUCGCCAGACUGUGAAUUUUUUUUAUUUAUUUUACCGUUUUCGCGCCGUCACGAGAAAAAUGCGUCCCGUCGCCGAACUCAGACCGUCGUACCGGGUACAGAUGCACAUGAUGCAACAGCAACAACAGCAACAGCACCAGCAGCACGCCGCCCAGUCUUCGUCCGAUUACGACGAACAACCCGUGUCCCGGACUUAUCAGUACAGAAAGGUAAUUUGAUUUUGAUUUUUUUUUUUUUUUCUGUUUUUCGAUUUUUUCCGUUGAAAAAUAAAAAUAAAUAAAUCUCGGACCGCCGCCCGCGCAUUUUCAUCGUCGAUCGUUUUUAACGUUUUGUUUUUCUUUUCCGUUUUGCCCAGGUCAUGAAACCGCUUUUGGAACGCAAACGACGGGCCCGGAUCAACCGGUGCCUGGACGAGCUCAAGGACCUGAUGGUGGUCACGCUGCAGGCCGAGGGCGAGAACGUCAGCAAACUGGAAAAGGCCGACAUACUGGAGCUGACGGUCCGGCACCUGCACAAGCUGAAGCGGCACAACGCGCUGGGCCUGGGCGGCCAGGACUCGGUGUACGCGGACAAGUUCCGCGCCGGUUUCGCGCACUGCGCCACCGAGGUGUCCAACUACCUGACGUCCGACGUCCGUUCGCCGCCGGUCGAACCGUCCGCGGGCGUCAAGCUACUCCACCACCUGGGUGCUUGCAUGCGCAAGAUCGACGUCGACUCGAACUGCGCCGUCUCCGCCAACAACAACAACACCGCCAACACCACAAACAACAACAACAACAACAACAACAACAACAACAGGUCAGCCCCCGAUCAGUACAGGCCGUACACUCCGCCGUCGACGCCGGGCAGCGAGCUCAAAGACGACCCGAGUUCCGUCUGGAGGCCAUGGUAAACGGAACUUUUUUUCCGACGGUCCGCCGCCGAAUCAACCAGCCCCCCCCCCCCCCCCCCNCCCCCACAACGCCAAAGACUGAAGUUAUCGCCUACCCCUCCCCCCUACCCACCCUCCUAGUGCAGAAGUCUGUCGAGUACGGUUUUUUUUUUUUCAAAUAUUUAAAUAUAUUUAUUGUAAUUUUUUUUUUCUAUUUAUUGUUGUUGACGAUCGGUUUUCGAUCGAAUAUUUAUUUAUUAUUAUAUCGCUAUUUUUUUUUUUUUUUUUUUUUUUUUAUGAUAUAAGCGCUGCAGCUGUUUACCAAAAAAUAAUACAAAAAAAAAACAAUUUUAGUUAUUAGACGUAUUUAUAAUUUUUUUUUUUUUUUUUUUCAAAUUUCGUGUUGUUUUCACUUUGACGGAAAUCGUACAAGAAAAAAAAAAUAAUGUAUUUACUCGAUUGACAUAUUUGUACGCGGAUAGUAUCCGACGAAAAUUAUUGAACUAGCGCCACUGUGAUAUUAAUUUAUAAUAUGGUUUUAUGAACAUUAUGUGUUUUACGAGACAAUACAAAAUGUAUUAAUUAAUCGUUUAAA